AACUCGUCCAGAGCUAACAAGGCCAACCGGGAAGGAGCGAUUUGCUACAGUUGCCAAAGCACAAGGUUUAUGUGUCGUUAUGUGGAGGGGGGAGCAUGGCCCGCAGGCGUUCCAGGCCCCUGUGGAUGUUCAUGCCAGUGCAGACGGGCAGGUGUACAUGUUCAAGAGGAGGACAAAUGAGUCCGCUGUGUCCUCGGACGAUGAGGAGCUCAGCCUUAUGGAGACAACGCAGAUGAAACAAGACAACGUGAGGAAUGUCCAGCUGCUGGAGCGAGAGGUUUUAGAUGGCGAUAGCCUUAACAAGCUUGCCCUGCAAUAUGGCUGCAAGGUUGCUGAUAUAAAACGGGUUAACAACCUUAUGCAAGAACAAGAUUUGUUUGCACUGAAAGUCAUCAAAAUACCAGUUCAGAAGCACAGCUUUUUGACAGAAUCACUCUCAGAACAACAUGAUGCUCAAGAGGAAGUACCUUGUUCUGCUCAUGAUAGAGCUCCAUUUGAGCCACGUGUGCAGGAUGUCACAGACUUUCUAAUGGAGGUAGACAGCGAUAUGGACAAACUGAUUCAGACCACAACUGAUCAUGAAGAAGAUUUCUCAGAAAACGCUGGGAGAUGGAAGAGAUGCGGUUUUGGAAGAAGGCGUGUGAUGAGUCACGGCGCGGACUGGGGAAUCCAGUGGUGGAACGCUUUAAUAGCCAUGCUGUUAAUAGGGAUUGUUUUGCCAUUAUUUUAUUUGAUUUACUUCAAAACUAGGGUCAACGGAGUAGUCUCACCAACUGUUUCUCAGUCAUUUGUCUCCUCUUCGAACACAACACAGACACACAGUAGCUAAACAAUUUUAUGAACCUGAGAGAUCAGGUGAAUAAAAAUCUAUAAUCCUUUUAUAUUUGAAUAAAAUAUAAAAGAUAAAAAUAAGACUGAAGCUAAAAGUCUUUAGAAACAGGCUUAAGAAAAUUUGUGUCUGGAUACCAACAGUGAAUUUCAGUUAAAUUAAUUCAAUCAAAACUUUAUUGCAAUAAAAAUAUAUUUAACCUCUUACAGAUUUCUUUGCAAGCUCAUUUUAUCGUCAGAAAAAAAAACACCCUGUACAAAGAGAAUAUUUGAAGAGGGUGUCACAUAUAAUUUGAUUUAAUACACUUCGGGGGAAAAGCUUUCCAAACCAACCUGGCUCUGUGAAAACGUAAUUCCCCUUAAACCUUAUAACGGGUUAUGCCUCCUGGUUAUGUUGGCAGUUGCUAUCAGACAAUUUAGUACUUUGAAAGUUAGUUUUUCGAUAAUCACUGUUAUGAGGAAAUUUCUUUGAUUUUUCUGUAACGAAUCUGUUUUUAAAGUAAACUUGAUUUUCUUUUUCUUUUUUUUUUUGUAGAGAUUCAGAGGUGAACUUAGUGGUGUGCUCUCAAUCAUUGUCCAAGUGCACUUGAGCUUAAUGUCCUGAGCUGAUGGCAGAAAUGCUUCCUCAGGAUGAGAUAAUUCAUGAUUUCAUCAGUAAUGUUUAAUCAUUCAGAUCCUAAAACAGUGAAGCUGCUCCCAGACCAUUACACCACCGAAACAGCUCUGAAACCCUUUCCAGACUGACGAAUAUUGUCAUGACAAACUUUGUUUCAUCUGGUAAUGAAUUCUUUACAACCAGACAUGAUGUGGCAGUAAUCUGGCUUGGGUAUGGUCUGUAAAACUGAAUGUACUCACUAAUGUUACAUUUUUCUGACCAUGAAAUUGUUUUGAUAACUUAAAACAUUGUGACACAGAAAUCUCUAAGAGGACAAAUAACUGUUUCACAGCAAAUUACAACAUGAAGCUUGAUUCAGAUCCAUUAUUAGCUUUCUUGAAGUGAAUUUCAAAUCCUCCAUACAGCUUCACAAUCAUGACCAUGUCUCAUCUGAAUUAUAUUAAACAUUUUAGAUCCAUUGCACUACAGUAAGAUAUUAGGUUUUUCCACCAGGAACAAUAAACUUGAGCUGCUAAGCUGUCAGAACUAUUCAAGUUUAAGCUGUAUUUAAGAGAUUUUAAUGUAUUCGUUUGUAUUUGUUAUUUAGCUGCCAUAAUGCACCUCAUGCCUAUUUGUCCAGAGCCUGACAGUGGUAAGUGUGAUUGUUUACAGUAACUAGGUGUGCAAUAUAAGUAACCUGUUUAAUCUUUAUCUUACAUCCUGCUACAUGUGAAACAGAAUGGGUUAUAUUUUUAAAUAAUUUAUUCAUUGAUAAUCAAAGCCACAUUAAGUGCCUGAUGACUUUCUCUUUGUGAGUUGAGUUUAAACAGCCUGAACAAAGAAUGAACAGGUGCUCAGUUUCACUGGUUUGUUUACCUUUUGAAGUGUUUCAAUAUAAGACUGUUGUUAAAAUUAGAUUGAUAUCUCAAAUACAUAAUGUUUUUAGCAAAAUUUACAUGCAAAAUUGACAUGUGUGAAAGUAAUAUUGUUUUCUGCUUGAUCCAGAUUAAACUCAAACUGAAAGUGG